AUGACGGUUCACACGCUUAGUCCCGAAGCCCAGCAAGGUGGCAAGCAAGAUGAAAGCCACGUGAAGGAAACCGAAGCAGAAUUCAACGGAGAAUCCCCCACACGAGAUGUAGAAGCUCCAGGCCUAGAGCCCAGAGAGACUGAUACUUCAUCGACCUUUAAGGCCCUCGGCUGGCUGGACCGCCUGCUCGCUUUAUGGAUAUUCCUUGCUAUGGCGGUUGGAAUCAUUCUGGGCAACUUUGUGCCGAAUGUUGGGUCAGCCCUUAAGAAAGGCGAAUUGGUAGGCGUGUCUGUGCCGAUAGCUGUGGGAUUGCUUGUCAUGAUGUAUCCCAUUCUGUGCAAAGUCCGUUACGAAGCACUCCCCCAGAUCUUCAAGGAGCAUGACGUUUGGGUCCAGCUACUGUUCAGCGUUAUUAUGAAUUGGAUUGUUGCUCCAUUCUUGAUGUUGGGACUGGCAUGGGCAUUCCUACCCGACAAAGAGGACCUGCGCGAAGGACUUAUAUUAGUCGGCCUUGCUAGGUGUAUUGCUAUGGUACUGAUCUGGAAUGGGUUGGCUGGUGGCAAUGCGGAAUAUUGUGCCAUUCUGGUAGCUGUCAACUCGGUCCUGCAAAUGGUCCUUUAUGCUCCCAUGGCAGUGUUCUUUUUGAACGUCAUCAGCCACAGCUCCCACGACGCCUCGAUUUCUUACUCGGUAGUUGCAACCAGUGUUGCAAUCUUUCUCGGCAUACCGCUUGGAGCUGCGGUCAUAACGAGAUUCACCCUCCGAGCUCUCGUCGGCAAAGACUGGUACGAUCAAAAGUUUAUUCGCUACCUGUCUCCAUGGUCACUGAUUGGCCUCCUCUACACUAUCCUUGUCCUCUUCGCCUCACAAGGAAAGCAUGUCGUGGAACAAAUCGUCUCGGUGGUGCGAAUAGCAGCACCGCUCAUCGUUUACUUCGUGGUCAUCUUCUUCGCCUCGCUAUUCAUUGCUCGUCGGAUGGGCUUCAGCUACGCCUACUCGGCUACCCAGAGCUUUACGGCGGCGAGCAACAAUUUCGAGUUGGCAAUCGCCGUUGCGGUUGCGACGUUUGGACCGGACAGUAUGCAGGCUCUGGCUGCUACGGUUGGCCCACUGAUCGAAGUUCCGGUGUUGAUCGGGCUUGUCUACCUGGUGCGAUGGGUGUCGAAGCGUCUAUUCCGAGAGAAUUAG